CACUUCUAAGCUCUAACCUUUAGACAGCAGGUGAUCUUUAUGAGAGUAAAAGGAAACGAAAUUAUGAAAUAGCUGCUCUGUGAAUGUUACAAGCUGUCUACGAUUCAAAGGUCUAAAGCAAAAGACGUAAAUAUUAUUUUAUAAGGCAAAGAUAUUCUAACAUGUCAAAAAAAAAAAAAACAAACCCCAAACUCCACCAGCCACCCUUUCAACUGAAACUUAAAGAACUGAUGUAGUGAAAUGGAGAAAAUGAGAACAGUCGCCUGAAAGUCGCCAUUGGUGAAGUGAUGAAGAACAUUUCCUGGCUUGGUGCGAAACUUGUCAGUUUUGUGAGUCUUGGCUGCAUAUGGAUUUCUGUGGUACAGUGUACAGUUUUAAACAGCUGCCUAAAGUCAUGUGUGACUAACCUGGGCAGGCAGCUUGACAUUGGCAUGCCAUAUAACCUGAGUGAACCGUGCAUCCAAGGAUGUCAUUUUUGGAACUCUGUAGAUCAGGAAAACUGUCCUUUAAAGUGUAACGACACAUAUACCACUGUUUGUGAGCGAGAAUCAUGUGAGGUUGGCUGCAGCGGUGCUGAAGGUGCAUACGAAGAGGAAGUGCUGGAAAAUGCAGACCUCCCCACAGCACCCUUUGCUUCUUCCAUCGGAAGCCAUAGUGUGACGUUACGAUGGAAAUCUGCCAACAUCUCUGGAGUCAAAUACAUCAUUCAGUGGAAAUAUGCACAACUUCCUGGAAGCUGGACUUAUACUGAGGCUGUGUCCAAGCUCUCAUACACGGUAGAAUCCCUGCAUCCCUUCACUGAGUAUAUUUUCCGAGUGGUCUGGAUCCUCACAGCCCAGCUACAGCUGUCUUCUCUGCCAAGUCCCAGUUACAGGACUCAUCCUUAUGGAGUUCCGGAAACUGCUCCUUCCAUCAGAAAUAUCGAGAGCUCAAGUCCUGACACCGUGGAAGUCAGUUGGGCUCCACCACAAUUCCCAGGAGGACCUAUUUUGGGUUACAACUUAAGGCUGAUCAGCAAAAAUCAACAAUUAGAUUCAGGGACACAGAGAACCAGUUUCCAGUUUUACUCCACUCUACCAAACACCACCUACAGGUUUUCCAUUGCAGCAGUAAAUGAAGUUGGUGAGGGGCCAGAAGCAGAAUCUAGUAUUACCACUCCAUCCUCAGCAGUUCAAGAAGAGGAACAGUGGCUCUUUUUAUCCAGAAAAUCUUCUCUAAGAAAGAGAUCUUUAAAACAUCUGGUAGAUGAAGCACAUUGCCUUCAUUCAGAUGCUAUAUACAGUAAUAUUACAGGAAUAACGAUUAAUGUCCACCAGCAAGUUGUGUAUUUCUCUGAAGGAACUCUCAUAUGGGUGAAAGAGGUUGCCAACAUGUCUGAUGUGUCUGACCUGAGAAUUUUUUACAGAGGCUCAGGAUUAAUUUCUUCCAUCUCCGUAGACUGGCUUUAUCAGAGGAUGUAUUUCAUCAUGGAUGAACGGGUAUACACCUGUGAUUUAGAGAACUGCUCAAACACUGAGGAAAUUACUCCUCCAUCAAUUACCACACCUCAAAAAAUUGUGGCUGAUUCGUACAAUGGGUACGCGUUUUAUCUCCUGAAAGACGGCAUUUAUAGAGUAGAUCUCCCUGUGCCAUCUGGUCGGGACUCAGAAGCCCUGCGUAUUGUGGAGAGUUGCACGUUAAAGGACUUUGCAGUGAAGCCACAGUCCAAACGAAUCAUUUAUUUCAAUGACACCGCUCGUGUCUUCAUGUCAACGUUUCUGGACGGCUCUGCUUCCCAUCCUGUCCUAGCUCAUGUCUCCUUUGCCGAUGUGAAGAGCUUUGCUUGUGAAAACAAUGACUUCCUUGUCACAGACGGCAAGGCUGUUUUCCAACAAGACUCUUUGUCUUUCAAUGAGUUCAUCGUGGGAUGCGACCUGAGUCACAUAGAAGAGUUUGGAUUUGGGAACUUGGUCAUCUUUGGCUCCUACGCCCAGCCGCACCCCAUGCCGGGCCGCCCCCAGCGGCUCUCCGUGCUCUUUGGCUCCCACCAGGCCCUGGUUCAGUGGAAACCCCCUGCCCUCGCCAUAGGAGCCAGCCCCUCCGCCUGGCAGAACUGGAAUUAUGAGGUGAAAGUAUCAACCGAGGACUUUCCUGAAAUCACUCGGAUUUUCUCUAACAUAAGUGGGACCGUGCUUAACGUGCCUGAGCUGCAGAGUGCUGCAAGAUACAAGGUUUCUGUGAGAGCCGGUUCUCCCAAGGGGCCAGGCCCUUGGUCAGAGCCCUUAGUGGGCACCACUCUGGUGCCAGCUUCAGAACCACCGUUUAUCAUGGCCGUGAAAGAAGAUGGGCUUUGGAGUAAGCCAUUAAAUAGCUUUGGCCCAGGAGAGUUCCUGUCCUCUGAUAUAGGAAAUGUGUCAGACAUGGACUGGUAUAACAACAGCCUCUACUACAGCGACACGAAAGGUGAUGUUCAUGUGUGGCUGCUGAAUGGGACGGAUAUCUCAGAGAAUUAUCGCAUACCCAACAUUGCAGGAGCAGGGGCUUUAGCUUUUGAUUGGCUGGGUCAAUUUCUCUACUGGGCUGGAAGGACGUAUGUGAUACAAAGGCAGUCUCUGUUGACAGGGCACACGGACAUUGUGACCCAUGUGAAGUUGCUGGUGAACGACAUGGCGGUGGAUUCGGUCGGAGGAUAUCUCUAUUGGACCACACUACACUCAGUUGAAAGCACCAGGCUAAACGGAGAAAGUUCCCUUGUAAUACAGGCACAGCCUUGGUUUUCUGGGAAAAAGGUAGUUGCUCUAACUUUAGACCUUAGUGAUGGACUCCUGUAUUGGUUGGUUCAAGACAGUCAAUGCAUUCACCUGUACACAGCUGUUCUUCGAGGGCGGAGCAGUGCUGGAGAUACCAACAUCACGGAGUUUGCAGCCUGGAGUACUUCUGAAAUUUCCCAGAAUACACUGAUGUACUAUAGUGGUCGGCUCUUCUGGAUCAAUGGCUUUAGGAUUAUCACAGCUCAGGAAAUAAGUCAGAGAACCAGUGUCUCUGUUUUGGAACCAGCCAAAUUUAAUCAGUUCACAAUCAUUCAGACAUCCCUCAAGCCUCUGCCAGGGAACUUUUCUGUUACCCCCAAGGUUAUCCCAGAUUCUGUUCAAGAAUCUUCCUUUAGGAUUGAAGGAAAUGCUUCAAGUUUUCAAAUCCUGUGGAAUGCUCCCCCAGCAGUGGAUUGGGGUAUAAUUUUCUACAGUGUGGAUUUCAGUUCUCAUUCUAAGUUCCUGGCUAGUGAGCAGCAGCUUUCGCCUGUAUUUACUGUGGAAGGGCUGGAGCCCUAUGCCUUAUUUAAUCUCUCUGUCACUCCUUAUACGUACUGGGGAAAGGGCCCCCAAACAUCUCUGUCACUUCGAGCACCUGAAACAGUUCCGUCGGCACCCCAGAAUCCCAGGAUAUUUAUAUUACCAAGUGGGAAAUACCAUAACCAGAACAAAGUUGUGGUGGAAUUUAGAUGGAAUAAGCCUAAGCAUGAAAACGGUGUGUUAACGAGAUUUGAAAUGUUCUAUCAAAUAUCCAACCAGAGAGACACAAAUAAAACAUUUGAAGACUGGAUGGCUGUCAAUGCAACCCCCUCAGAGAUGUCUUUUCAGCUUGAAGGCAUGAGUCCCGGGUACACUGUUGCCUUCCAGGUUCGAGCCUUCACAUCCAAAGGACCUGGACCAUUUUCUGACACAGUAAAGUCCAGAACCUCAGAAAUCAACCCAUUUCCAUAUCUCAUGACUCUUUUUGACAGCAAGAUCGUUUUAUUAGAUAUGGAUCAAAAUCACGUUGUAUGGACAUUUUCAGCAGAAGGAGACAUCAGUACCAUGGGCUACACAGCUGAUAAUGGAAUGGGAUAUUAUGCUCAAGGAGACUCACUCUGCCUUCUGAACAUGCACAACAGAUCCAGCUCUGAGAUUUUCCGAGAUGCACUGGUCUUUGAUAUCACAAUUAUUACAAUUGACUGGAUUUCAAGGCAUCUCUACUUUGUGCUAGAAGAAUCACAAAAUGGCAUGCAAAUAUUUGAUGUUGAUCUUGAACACAAGGUGAAGUACCCCAGAAAGCUGGACAUUUGCAAUAGAAAUUCAACAAUAAUCUCUUUUUCUGUAUAUCCUUUUUUAAGUCGCCUGUAUUGGACAGAAGUUUCCGAUUUGGGCCCUCAGAUGUUCUACUACAGUAUUAUCAACCAGACCUUGAGUCACAUUCUUCCACCCACAGCCACAAACCAUUCAAAUGGAAGGAAACAGUGUUUUUGCAGCAUUACUCAAUUCGAGUUUAGUGGAGCAAUGACUAUUGACACCUCUGAUCUAGAGAGACCACAGAUAUAUUUUGUGAAAGGGCAAGAGAUCUGGGCCAUGGAUCUGGAAGGAUGUCGGUGUUGGCGAGUUAUCAUGGUGCCUACUCUGCUUGGAGAAAUGCUUGAAAGUUUAACUGUGGAUGGGGAAUUUCUCUACUGGAUCUCCUCAGCAAAGGACAGCACACAGAUUUAUCAAGCAAAGAAAAACAAUGGGGCCAUCCUCUCCCGGGUGAAGGCCCAAGGGAGUAAGCAUAUCUUGGCUUACAGUUCAGUUCUGCAGCCUUUUCCAGAUAAAGCAUUACUGUGUCUAGCUUCAGAUGUCGCAGAGCCAACUAUACUUAACACCACUAACAGCAGCCUCACAAUCCGAUUACCACCCACCAGGGCAAAUCUCACGUGGCACAGCAUCACUUGCCCUACUCCAACAUACCUGGUUUAUUACCAAGAAGUUAAUGGCGGGAAAAAUAGCUCUGGGCUGAAAUAUAAAAUGCUGGAAUUUCAGGAGAGGAUAGCCUUUAUUGAAGGUUUACAACCAUUUUCAACAUAUGUGAUACAGACAGCUGUAAAGAAUUAUUAUUCAGAUGCUGUGGAACAGUUACCUCUGGGAAAGGAGAUUUGGGGAAAAACUAAAAGUGGAGUGCCAGAAGCAGUUAGGCUCAUUAACACAACUGUGCAGUCAGACACCCGCCUACUUGUAUCCUGGGAAGAAUCUCACAAGCCAAAUGGACCUAUGGAGUCAGUUCGCUAUCAGCUGGAAAUCUCACAUCUGGCCCUAAUUCCAGAGACUCCUCUAAGACAAAGUGAAUAUCCAAAUGGAAAACUCUCUCUCCUUGUUACUAGACUAUCUGGUGGAAAACCAUAUGUGUUAAAGGUUCUGGCCUGCCAUGCUGAGGAAAUGUGGUGUGCCGAGAGUCAUCCUGUCACUGUCAAAAUGUUUGACACACCAGAGAAACCCUGUGCCUUGGUUCCAGAGAACACUAGUUUGCAAUUAGAAUGGAAGGCUCCAUCUAAUGUUAACCUCAUCAGAUUUUGGUUUGAACUCCAGAAGUGGAAGUAUAAUGAGUUUUACCGUGUGAACACUUCAUGCAUCCAAGGCCCUACUUAUGUCUGUAGCAUCACAGAUCUACAGCCUUAUAUGUCCUAUAACAUCCGCGUAGUGGUGGUUUAUAGGACGGGAGAAAAUAGCACCUCACUCCCAGAAAGCUUUAAGACAAAAGCUGGAGUCCCAAGUAAACCAGGCAUUCCAAAAUUAUUAGAAGGGAGUAAAGAUUCAAUACAGUGGGAAAAAGCUGAAGAUAAUGGAAGCCGGCUUAUGUACUAUGUCCUUGAGGUCAGAAAGGGUACUUCAAAUGAUUCACAGAACCAGAAUUUAAUGUGGAGGAUGGCAUAUAAUGGAUCCUGCGGUAGUAUUUGCACAUGGAAGUCCAAAAACCUGAAAGGAACAUUUCAGUUCAGAGUGGUAGCUGCAAAUAAUCUGGGAUUUGGUGACUAUAGUGGAAUCAGUGAGAAUAUUAUAUUAGUUGGAGAUGGUUUUUGGAUGUCAGAAAGAAGCUUUAUACUUAUUAUUAUAAUUGGAAUAUUUCUGGUUGUUAUAAUCUCAUUGAUUUUUGUCUGGCAUAGAAAAUUAAAGAAGCAAAAAACUCCCACGGAAGGGCUGACGGGUCUCAUACACGAAGACAAAGAGUUGGCUGAACUUCGAGGGCUGGCCGCUGGAGUAGGACUGGCUAAUGCCUGCUAUGCAAUACAUACUCUUCCAACCCAAGAGGAGAUUGAAAGUCUUCCUGCCUUCCCUCGGGAAAAACUGACUCUGCGUCUCCUGUUGGGAAGCGGGGCCUUUGGAGAAGUGUAUGAAGGGACAGCAGUAGACAUCUUAGGGGCUGGAAGUGGAGAAACCAAAGUAGCAGUGAAGACUUUGAAGAAGGGCUCCACAGACCAGGAGAAGAUUGAAUUCCUGAAAGAGGCACAUCUGAUGAGCAAAUUUAACCAUCCCAACAUUCUGAAGCAGCUUGGAGUUUGUCUGCUGAAUGAACCCCAGUACAUUAUCCUGGAACUGAUGGAAGGAGGAGACCUUCUUACCUAUUUGCGUAAAGCCCGGAUGACAAAGUUUCAUGGUCCUUUACUCACCUUGGUUGACCUUGUAGAUCUGUGUGUGGAUAUUUCAAAAGGUUGUGUCUACUUGGAACAGAUGCACUUCAUUCACAGGGAUCUGGCAGCUCGGAAUUGCCUUGUCUCUGUGAAAGACUAUACCAGUCCAUCACGGGUAGUGAAGAUUGGGGACUUUGGACUUGCAAGGGACAUCUAUAAAAAUGAUUAUUAUAGAAAGAGAGGGGAAGGCCUACUCCCCGUUCGGUGGAUGGCUCCAGAAAGUUUGAUGGAUGGAAUCUUCACUACUCAGUCUGACGUAUGGUCUUUUGGAAUUCUGAUUUGGGAGAUUUUAACUCUUGGUCAUCAGCCUUAUCCAGCUCAUUCCAACCUUGAUGUUUUAAACUAUGUGCAAACAGGAGGGAGACUGCAGCCACCGAGAAAUUGUCCUGAUGAUUUGUGGAAUCUGUUGACCCAAUGCUGGGCUCAAGAACCUGACCAAAGACCUACUUUCCACAAAAUACAAGAUCAGCUUCAGUUAUUCAAAAAUGUUUCCUUAAAUAGUAUUUCUCAACGCAGAGAAGAAACAGACCCCAGUGGAGUCAUAAAUGAGGGCUUUGAAUAUGAAGAUGGCAGUGUGAUCUGUUUGAAUUCAGGUGACGUUACGUCAGUUGCUUUAAUGGAAACCAAGAACCAAGAAGGGUUAAACUAUAUGGUACUUGCUACAGAGUGUAGCCAAGGUGAAGGAAAUUCUGAGGGUCCUCUAGGCUCCAAGGAAUCUGAAUCUUGUGGUCUGAGGAAAGAAGAGAUGGAACCACAUGCAGACAAAGAUAUCUGCCAAGAAAAACAAGUGGCUUACUGCCCUCCUGGCAAGCCCGAAGGCCUGAACUAUGCCUGUCUCACUCACAGUGGAUAUAGAGAUGGGUCUGAUUAAUAGCUCUGUUUGGGAAAUGCAGGGCUGAGAUAAACACUCCCAUUAAGUAGUUACUGAAAGAAAACCCUGGUAGAACGAUAGAUGCUGUGGUAGUCCAUGACUCCAAAUUAACACUGAAAAGUUCCUGAAUUCCUGAAUUCUUGGUUCCAAGAGCCGUUUGAUUUCAACUGUGGCAAUCCCCAUAACAACUGCCUAACCUUCAGUAGAAUUCUGACGUGAACCACUAAACAUCGGAAAGCUUAGGAAGACUCAAGACUCUGGAAGGAAACUGCUCCCCUUCUCCCCUGAGGUCCCUUAGUCCAUUGCUCACCCUUCAGUCUGGGCUGCACCAGAAGCAUCUUGGUUAGAUGGGGAGAGACCAAAUAGCUACGUUUAGGGACCUGAAGGAGGGCGAUGAAGAGUGUGCUCAGGGGGCCGACUGAACUACAGAUUAUCCCCAAAGGAUGUAUAUAUAUACAUGAGGAAAUGACUAAAUAACCCUACGUCUACAGAAGGAACCAGCAUCUAGGACAUGAGAAAUCAUUUGGAAAGCUAUCACUAUAAAAUAAUUGUCUUUAUGACUACUCUAAAGUACUUUGUAUUUUGGAGGCUUGGAACAGUAGCUUCUAUUGAGCAUAGGACCAUGAAGACCACUCUAAAUCCUAAGGUUUAGCAUUCCACGGACUUUGGGUUGUAUAAAAAUAGCUCUGUGAUUGUGUGCUGCUAUGGAAAUUCGCUAAUAUGGAGAAUCGUUUUUAUUUGCCACGUGUGUCUUACACAUAAAAUACUUACGAUUACAUUUAGUAUCGAGUAUCCUUAAAUAUAAAUGACUAUAUGAUGUUAAUUUAAGCUCUAUGAUUUUUAAAAAUACAUGAAAUAAUACAUAUUGAAAUGA